AUGACUCUUACGAUAGGCCAAGCAAUAUGGGCUUCAGUCAAGCCAAUCAUUAAGAUUUACUUAAUCAUCGGUAGCGGCAUUGGGCUUGCGAAACUGAAUAUUCUCACUGUUGAGGCGACGAGAUGCAUUUCCGACAUUGUGUUAACGCUACUUUUACCGUCUCUGUCGUUUAACAAGAUCGUCGCAAACAUCGAGGACAAAGACAUAAAACAGGUGGGGAUUAUCUGUCUCACGUCAGUGAUGCUAUUUGCCACAGGGCUUUUUUUUGCGUAUGUGUGUCGGCUGUUGCUGCCGGUUCCCAAGCAAUGGCGUGGAGGAAUUUUGUGCGGGGGCAUGUUUCCCAACAUCAGUGACUUGCCGAUUGCGUAUUUGCAAACUAUGGAUCAGGGUCUUAUUUUCACGGAAGCGGAGGGGAACAAGGGCGUUGCCAACGUGAUUAUCUUUCUCGCUAUGUUCAUGAUGUGCGUUUUCAAUCUAGGUGGGUUUAGACUCAUCGAAAUGGACUUUUCGUAUCACGACGAGGAGAGCGCACUUUGCGACAGCAACUAUCAAAUAAAGGAAAAAUGCAGCGACAGUACGAAAAACAGCGAUACUGAUACAUCUAGUAUGGUUGCGCCGGAAAUGAGGCCGCCCGUCCAACGUGCCGUUCUGACUGCGACGCACUCUUCCACGCCUUCUUCGACGCCCAACUCUCAGUCCUAUGGCACACCGGGGCCUACUGAUGCCGAAGUCACGUCUCCACCCAUUGCACUGACACAGGACGCAAAUGUUGUCAGAAGAAGAACGUCUCAACGCAGUUCUCACUCUAGUAUCAUGAGCAACGCAGAGUUACGAGAAUCGAGUCCCCAGGACAUCCAUGACCUUGUGCGCGAAUACUCUCAUGUCGAUGAAUUUGGACGAAGAAGAAGUUCACGUGCUAUGUCUAUGCGCACGUCUAACCUUGCCAAUCGAAUACGGUCCUCAGACUUGACCCGGAUAGUGACAUCAGAUGCCACUGUCACAAGACAGGACGUUUUGGACUCAGGCAAAUCGCUCCCGAAAUGGAUCUAUAAACUUUCGCCAACUCCAUUUCUGGUUUUUUUCCUGAAAAACUGCCUCCGGCCUUGUUCCAUGGCCGUCAUCGUAGCGUUGACCAUAGCGUUCAUUCCCUGGGUCAAGGCGCUUUUCGUCACGACUUCGACAACCCCACAUAUCAAACAAGCACCGGACAAUCAGCCAGCGUUAUCUUUCAUCAUGGAUUUCACUUCCUAUGUUGGUGCCGCGUCUGUUCCAUUUGGGCUUUUACUACUGGGUGCCACGCUGGGCAGACUAAAAAUUAACAAAUUGUACCCUGGUUUCUGGAAAACUUCGAUUGUGCUUAUUGUCUUAAAAAUGUGUGUCAUGCCCAUUUUUGGGGUUCUAUGGUGCGAUCGUCUCGUCAAAGCUGGCUGGGCUAACUGGGAAGACGAUCGCAUGUUACUUUUCGUCAUUGCAAUCGAUUGGGCCCUGCCUACAAUGACUACAAUGAUUUAUUUCACAGCAAGCUACACCCCUGUCGAUGCCGUUGAAACUGUUCAGCUGGACUGUGUCUCGUUCUUUCUCAUGCUCCAGUACCCACUUAUGAUUGUCAGUCUCCCAUUUUUGGUAACCUACUUCUUAAAAGUUCAAAUGAAAGUAUGA